AUGGUGACCUGGAGUGAAAGACUGCUACAGCUAGGCGACGAUACGGUCGAUGCCACGAAGCAUCAGGGUGGUGUUGAAAGCCCAUUGUUCACUUGGGUCCCGACGCCAGACUCGCCAAGACUGUCAUCUCCACAAAGACAUCAGAAGGAUAACAGGGUUUCACGAUGUUUCGAGCUGUUAAAACUCCCGAAUGGUGUGUCAACUCCAAGACAGUCAGUCAGCACGAGCACACCGGCACGGAAAUACGGAAUGGAACCGAGAGAUGGGGUCGGAUGUAAAUGUCGUGGCGGGACGGUGAAAGAUGGUAAGAACGAGGGACUGUCAGAUUUGGGCUUCACUUUCGUGCAACAUGUAGACUACCCUAUGUGA